CAAAUGCUUUUAACGGAAAACUUUUCCGUUAAAAGCAUUUGCGGAAAAUCAUGCUAGUCUAGACGUAGCUCCUGAGUUUGUGAAAACUGAGGUAUUGCAACUACUUUAUGUUGUUAUUAUCUAAUUAUUGUUAUUUGUAAUGUUAUUUGCUCCUGCUUAAUUUUCCCUGAUAAUACAACUUGUCAUUAAUAAACUGUGCAGAGAGGCACUUUACUUUAAAGUUGCUGUGUUAAAUGAUGUGAUCUCUGAGAAAUAUAGGGUUAUUCCUGGGUAGAUUCACAUGGUCAGAAAGGGGCCUUUUAAGGACUCAUGGUUUUGGAAGAUGAAAGAAGAAGCUCUUGCACAUCUCUUUGCAGGCUAAAAACUUCAGCUUUCCAAGGUUUAACAAUGAUAUGCUCAAGAUGCAAAAGAUGUUUUAUUAAAAUGGUGUAAUGAUUAAUUUAAAUGAGCUAAUUACAGUAUGUCUCUUACUUGAUAAGCCUUUUUGGAAGGAUUAGUAUUACAGAUAGAAUUAAAUAAUUUACUAGUUAAUCCACCCUCUUUCUAGUUUGUUUAGCUGUCUUACAAUAAAAAUAUAUUUACACAUUCAAAGCUUGUACUUUUGCAGGUACUUUCUGAGUCAAAAAUGGAACAUGUGUUGCAGACAAUGUUUUUUGACAGAAGAGGAGAGGAUCUCUUUUGCUGAGGUGGACCAUAAAAAAAGCCUCAAGUAUGCUAGAACUGAAUUUACUGAUGAUAAGCAUGCUGAGGAGACAGAUGGAAUCACAUUACGAAUUCAAAUCAGCGUGAAAGGACUUUUGGAUUCAGAUAUACUGUUAAAGCUGUCAUUUCACUUGCCGGUCAGUUAUCCCUCAAGCCUGCCGAAUAUCUCCAUUCAUUCAGAACAGCUUACAAGGGUGCAGUGUAAAGAUGUGAAAGAAAGAUUACUUGAGCAAGCCAAGAGACAUCUUUCUGAACCCAUGUUACAUAAGCUAGUCCUCUGGAUACAACAGAAUCUUAAGCACAUCAUUGGGAAAUCAGAAACUUCAAAUGGCAGUGAAACAAGUACUUUGUCAAGAUGCAUAAGUACAGAGGAUGGUCUAUGGAUUGUCCUUUUGCAUUUAGAUCACAUGAGAGCUAAAGCUAAAUAUGUCAAAACUGUGGAAAAAUGGACUUCAGAUCUAAGGCUGACUGGAAGACUGAUGUUUAUGGGCAAGGUGAUACUGAUUCUUCUGCAAGGAGAAAGAUCCAGCAUUAAGGAAUACUUGAUUCUUCAGAAAACCUGUAAGGUAGAUGUGGACUCAAGCGGAAAGAAAUGCAGAGAGAAAAUGAUUAGUGUACUGAGUGAAACAAAAGUACAGACAGAGCAAAAAAGGUUUCAGGGAUUUGAAGUCAAAGAAUAUUCAACUUUGGAUGAGCUACAAAAGGAAUUUGAAGCUGCAGGACUAACUGAGCUUUUCUCUGAAUUUGUGCCUGCUUUGUUAAAAUAAAUUUCUGAUAAAACAUUGAAAUCUUUGAGUAUAACAGCAGUUGACUGUAAAAAGCAAGACGAUAAAAUGAAAUAUUCGUUGGAGAAUAUCUUUAAAGCUGCUCUGCAGCAAUAUGCUAGAAAACAUCUAUUUGCAAGAAACAAGUCAAUUAACAUGUUACGCAGAGAUAAUGUUUUUGACUGUGCAUUGACUCUUGACAAGGAAUUGCUGAGUUUAAUGCUAAUUAGAACUGUCAGGUCAAAUAUGAAAGAUGGUGGGGGAAAAAAAUCACUGUUCCUUUUCUCUGAGAUUCAAUUAGAAUUGUAUCAUCUCCUGUUAUCCUGUAAUUAAAGUAUAUUUUCAAGA